UCGUCGUCACCGGUUGUGCGUGUGCGUGUGUGUGCUUUGCGCUCCGGUGGUGACCGCGUGUGGGACGGGGCGGCAAAGGAAAAAACCGGUGAAAACGAGCGCGGCAGACGAGCACCGCACCGCUCCCCGCCGCGUCCGAACAGGACUUGUCCGUACAGUUGACCGACGCAGCCGGUUUGGCGGGAUCCGCGCGGUCCGCCACUGAAUGCUGAUCGUUUCUCUCUGGGCUCUGAACGCGCGAUGCGCACGCGGGUUUUGGUCUCGCGCGCCCGCAGCCGAGAGAAAGGAUUGAGAAUAAUCAAAAUAAGAGAUUCCAACGAAUGGCUAAAAGAGGUGCGUUAGCAGUUCUUCAAGAAGAAAUCAAUAAUAAUGAUGAUUGGGCAAGAGUUAUGGGAAAACCGGGAAUUUUAGUCAUUGACGUUUAUGCAGAAUGGUGCGGACCUUGUGUAGCAAUGAUUUCAUAUUUAAGAAAAAUCAAAUUGGAAUCAGGAAACGAAAAUCUAAAUUACGCCAUAGCAAAAUCUGACGACAUAAAUGUGUUAAAAAGGUUUCGACAGAGAAGUGAACCCCAUUGGAUGUUUUUUUUUGACGGGAAAUUGGUUAAUGUUGUUAUCGGUAUUGAUGCUCCCAGAUUAAUACGAUUAAUAUUGGAAGAGUUGGAACAGUAUACUAAAUACAAGAAUGGAGAAAUUCAAAAAGAGUUUAUACCAAUGAGUAGAGUAACUGAUGAGGAACAAAAAAAAUUAAUUGAAAUUGAAAACUACCAAAAACAGAGAACAAGGAAAGAAAAAAAACUUAGAGAUAAAAGAAUGAUGAAAGUGAGAGAACGAGCUUUGAAUGAAUUUUCGUAUAACAUCCAAAUGCAAACGUGUGUUAUGUUUUUCCCUCACACAGUUCAAUACAUUAUGGUAGAAAAACCAUUGGAAGAUGACGCCGAAGAACUCGAUGAACCCCCUGAACCUGUGAUGAUAAAAAAAAGGGUUUGUGAAGUGGCCAAUUCGUGUGCUAGUAAGUAUGAGGAACUUAUCGUUAUUGAAGCAAAAGAAGUGAAAUUGACAGAAGACAGUUUGUACGAGUUGUUUUUUACGGAAAAAGAGUUUUUGGAAAGUUUUCCGCUAGAAUUGAUCGAUGAACUAUUAAAUAAAAAUGUGUAUUCUGUAAUGUUGUCAAUGCCUACUGUCAAACACGAUACUGCUACCGAAGAACCGGCCACAGGUGACGAAAAACCUGUACCCAUCGACAUAAUGGGAGAAAUAGAGCUGAAGUUGAGUAAGAUAAUUUAUGGUGGUGGAAGCCCAUUAAACCCUGGUCCAAAGUCGCUUGCAGAUAUACAUUCGAUAGUAAAUCAAAACGGACAAAAAAUACCAUCAGUAUACACCCCCAGAAAUCCGUUGAGUAAAGCUUCAGCGCUUACCAUUUUAUUCCACAAAUUUUGCCAAAAUAAUGGAUACGUCGCUCCUCAGCCACCUUUACCACAGUACCUUGUCAUGUUCGAUAUCAACAAAUCUAAUAUUGUGUUACAAAUCAUCGAAGAUCUGGAAAAAACAGUCGUGUACUACGGGUUUUUCCGUAGCGCUGAUCCCGAAAAUCCCAUACUAUUGUGUAAAACCUACGACUUGUUGGCUACAUAUGGUGCGGACAAGGUUGGCAAAGACGCCAAAUUAGUGUUGUCUGUGCUCGUGGACGACAAAGAAAAGAGCCUGUUGCGGUUAGUUGACUUAGGGCCGAUAUAUGUAAGCCCAGAUCAGGAAGUAGGCAUUGACGAUGCUAUUAAGUUUUUCCCGUAUAACUUCGAUGAGAUGGACGGAGAAAUAAAAAUGUGGCUAGCCGAACAGGAAAUGAAGAAUGAGGAAAUGGUCGAAGAAUAUGAAUUUGGCGAAGAUGAAGAGGGAAUCAUAGAAGAAUAUUCCUCGCAGGAUCAGUAAUAGGACCCAACAGAGUAGAUUAUCGGACAUCGGUUAAUAUUGUGUUUGCCCGCGGAUGCUGACAUCAACAAUUAUUUAAAUCAUUGGCAUGGAUUCCAAAUUAUUUUUGUUUCAAUCUUUUACUAUUAUAAUAAUAUGUGUAUAUUUAAUUAUAUAUAAAUAUACGGGGUGUCUCACGAAGAUCUGAUAAAUGAAAUAACUUUUGUUCUAACCAAUAUUUAAAAAAAAAA